AUGGCACAGAGAUUGGCGGUCCCCGCGAGGACUUGUCUUCGACAUCUGACCUCGGAGCGCGCGACUCGCAGAAUCUCAUGGGGCAUCGCCAGCUGGCAGCACUUCUCAACGACUCUACCAGGGAAAGCCACGACCUCAAAGUCCAUUGCCGGCGGUGGUCAGUUGUCCGCCGACUUCACCCCGCCGACUAAGCCCCCAAGCGCACGCCCCGUCGAGACGAGGAAAAGCCAGCUGAUUAGAACCUACACAUCGUUGCUGCGGACCAGCCCCGUCAUUCUUCUUUUCCAACACAGCAAUCUGACGGCUACGGAGUGGGCUGCGGUGCGAAGAGAGCUCAAGAGGGCCGUUGCCGCUGUGCCGGCGUCGAGUCCGGCGCCCGGCGCCGAUCCAUUGGACCUUGCGACGAGGAUACAGCUUCAAGUUUUGAGAACAAACAUGUUUGACGUCGCCUUGAAGAUUGUGGAAUUCUAUAGCCCCGAGACGGCGGGAGCCCUUGCAUCCACCCCACGAACGGCGAGGGGACCGCUCGUGCACGAUCUGUCGCAGGCUGCGUACGAUGCAGUCCGCAGGACCAACACACCGCCCGAGUCUAGCUACACGCAGCUUGAACCGCUCAUGGUCGGACCUCUGGCGGCACUUAUGCUUCCUGCUGUUUCGCCCGCACACCUGGCCGCAGCCUUGAGCGUGUUGGCUCCGGUGCCGGGCAAAUUCCCGCCGCCGACGCGGAAGAAGUGUCCAGGGUACCACGACGCGACAUGCCAAAACGGACUGGCGAAGAUUGUGCUUGUUGGAGGGCGAAUCGAAGGCAGGGCAUUUGAUCAAAGCGGCAUCAACUGGGUCGGCGGCAUCCAGGGAGGCCUGGAUGGACUCCGCGGCCAGCUUGUGGGCAUCCUCCAAGGGGCCGGCCUAGGCCUCACGACGGCAUUGGAGGGUGGUGGGCGGAAUAUCUGGCUUGCCUUGGAGGGGAGGAAAACCCAGUUGGAGGAGGCCAAGUAA